AUGGCUCACACACUCCACUCCUCCCGGCUACUGAUCUGCUGGCUGGUGCUGACUGUGGCAGAAGGAAGGAACCCAGUCACCCCUGCUAGAGGCUCAGGAAACAACGCAAAUCCUACAGACUGCCAGAUCUUCACGCUCACCCCUCCGCCUACCACAAGGAGGCCUGUGACCAGGGUCCAGGCCGCCACCACCCAAAAUACCGUGCAGCGAGUUCCACAGGGAAGACCCAGAGUCCCCCCUCGCUUUCCAGGGGGACCGUUCUUCCCACCGACCUGCAACCACCGUUUCCAUUUCCAGCCUUUUUACUGGCCCUUAGGGAGACUUUUCCCAAAUAGGUAUUUCCUUGGAAGACAACUCCAGAGUGGAAGCUCAUCGGAGGAAAGCAGAGAUUGA